AUGGGUUCAGAAAAAAAAAGAAAGCACGAAGAAGAUGCAGCAGUAGACGGUGUUGCCGGAGAGAUUCUGGAGAAGAAGAGAUUGAAAUUGGAAAGGAAACAAGCCAAGAAGUUGGCCAAGAAGGAAAAAAAGGCCAAAAAGAAGGAAGAAAAGGCAAUGAAGGAGAAGGAAUUGAUUGAAAAGAAGGAAAAGAAGAAUAAAGAGAAGUAUAAUAACAAGAAGAAGAAACACCUGGUAAAGGAUGAGCAAAAACAGGAUGGUGUAACAGAUUCUCGAACUGAACCUUUUUCCAAGGAUAGUGCCCCUUCCCUCUCAUCUUCCAGGUAUUUUCAAUCAUCGAAAUUGACAAAUACACCACAAUCAUCUAUUGAUGAGUUUUUAUCCACCAAUGAAGUAACCAUUGAAGAUUCACAACAUCUCAAUUAUAGACCAAUUCUUGCAUUUGACCAAAUAAGCUUGGACCCAACCAUUGCUUCCAAAUUGACGAAGUUUGCCAAACCUACACCAAUCCAAUCCAUCUCGUGGCCAUUUUUACUUGAUGGUAAAGAUGUAAUUGGAGUAGCCGAAACGGGGUCAGGAAAAACAUUUGCAUUUGGUGUGCCGGCAAUCAACAAUAUUAUUACCAGUGGCGAAGAGAAUCCUGGAUUGAGUGUAUUGUGUAUAUCCCCUACCCGUGAAUUGGCAUUACAGAUUUACGAUAAUUUACAAGAAUUGACUAAAAAUACAUCAAUAUCAUGUGUUGCCAUUUAUGGAGGUGUUUCCAAGGAUGAUCAAAUAAACAAGAUUAGACAGGGGGCCAAUGUAAUCGUUGCUACACCUGGUCGUUUAGUUGACUUAAUUAAUGAUGGAGCCGUUGAUUUGAGUCUGAUUAAUUAUUUGGUGCUUGAUGAAGCUGACCGUAUGUUGGAAAAGGGGUUUGAAGAAGAUAUUAAGCAUAUAAUUGGAUCCACAAAUGCUCACAAUAGACAAACAUUGAUGUUUACUGCCACUUGGCCCAAAGAAGUUCGGGAAUUGGCCAAUGCGUUUAUGCACAAUCCGGUCAAAUUAACCAUUGGAGAUCGUGAUGAAUUGAGUGCUAAUAAACGAAUUACUCAGAUUGUGGAAGUAUUGGAUGAUAAAUUUCAAAAAGAACUGAAACUCAUAUCACUUUUGAACAAGUAUCAACAUGGCAGUGAUGGUCAUGAUAAUAAGAUUUUGGUAUUUGCCUUGUACAAAAAGGAAGCAUCACGAAUUGAAUCAUUAUUGCGUCGCAACAAGUUUAAAGUUGCCGCGAUCCACGGUGACUUAUCACAACAACAACGUACCCAAGCUCUCAAUUCAUUCAAACUGGGUGACUGCAACUUGUUACUAGCAACAGAUGUUGCUGCACGUGGGUUGGAUAUCCCCAAUGUCAAAUAUGUCAUUAAUUUGACAUUCCCUUUAACAAUUGAAGAUUAUGUUCAUAGAAUUGGGAGGACUGGGAGAGCAGGACAGAGUGGUGUUGCUCAUACGUUGUUUACUGAAGAUGAAAAACAUCUUAGUGGUGCCUUGUGUAAUAUAUUACGGGGUGCUAAUCAACCAGUACCAGAACAAUUGUUGAAAUUUGGUGGCCAUACAAAGAAAAAGACGCAUUCGGUGUAUGGUGCUUUUUAUAAGGAUGUUGACAUGACCAAGACGGCAAAAAAGAUUAAAUUUGAUUAG